CAACUUACCCACCCCGCCGCUACGACGGACGAAACUCCAAUCUUAAAGCGCCAAGCCAUUUUUCUUUUUCUUUUUCUUUUUUUUUUCUUAAAAUUUUUUUUUUGGGACAAAAAACCGCGACUAAGUUAAGUGCUUGAUUACGAAUUUGCUGUUUUUUCCCGCGGUAUUUCCCUUCCAAUUUCAAACCUCUCCAGUUUCAGAUCACAAAAAACCCUUUGAAAGCUCGCUCCUAUGGCGGCCCCGUCGCCAGCCCUAAGCAGCAACAGCUCUGACACCGCCGCCACCGCCACCACCGCCACCGCCACCACCGCCACCGCCGCGGCCGUUCCCGUCUCAGCUCCCGCUCCUCCCGCCGUGAACACCGUCCACCGUACGGACACGCCGCCGAAGACCCUUCGCGGUCUCAACAAGCCUAAGUGCAAGCAGUGCGGCAAUGUCGCGCGCUCCAGGUGUCCUUACGAAUCAUGCAAGAGUUGCUGUGCCAAAGCUCAAAAUCCAUGUCAUAUUCACGUGUUAAAAGCAAAUGCAACUUUUCCUGAUAAGGCUCCAACUUCAAGUUCUCCUUUUUUCGAUCAGCAGUCUACCGAGGCACCAUCUUCCGUGAAUUCACAUAGAGUUGCAUCCUUCCGGCAACUUUCAAACACCUUUUCUCAAUUCAAUAAUGUGCAAAUUCCGUUUCGUUCAAGGAAGGCAUUAACCAGAAAGGACGCAGCAGCUAUAAAUGAAUGGAGAUUUUCCAAGCUUAAGGAAUACAAGGAUAGAAAUAUUGAAGGGGAAAAUGAAGGUUUUGAUCGGUACAUGCAAAAUAUUAGCUUAUUGGAAGAACUAUUUUCCACAAAAACUAUUUCAGAUGGGUUAAUCGAAGAUGGGUCGGAGUCAUCUAUAUCUAACCGUAACCCUACUUCCAUUGAAGAUGACAAUGGGGCUACAAUCUCAGGGCUGAAGUUGAAGCUGAGAUCAAACCCUGGGAGAACUAGUAACUUCAGAAAGAGGAUAUGCCAAAUUGUAGAUCAAGGGUUGGAAAAGCUUCAGAAACGGCAGUUGGGUGACUGUGAUGAUGCACCAGUUAAUUCAAAGGAGUUGGACGAAGAGCCGAAAAGAGCAAAAGAUUGGUGGGUUGGGAGGGCUUCAACUUUAAAUGACCUUAUUGAUAAGCUAAACAAAGCCCGAAAUGAGGAGGAUCUAAAAUCCUGCUUGGAGGUAAAAUCUCAGCUUUUCAAUCCUCAUACAGAUCGUCAAUUAGAGCCUCCGACCACAGAGCUAUCGACCGAGCAGAGUGAUAAAGAUGAUUUGGAAUCCAAAAAAGAAAUAACAUAUUCGUUGCCGAAAUUGAUUAGUACAACUGAAAUUGAUCAACAAACGCUCACAAGUGUUGAUGCGCACUUUUCUUCCAUGGAGCAAAUAUGAAAUCUUAUGAUUAGACAAGAUUUAGAAUAGGAUUUGGACUGUAGAUUAGCCAAUUGCAAGGAUUACAAGUUUAAGGGGGGAAAAAAAAGUGAUCGAUUUCCUCAUGUAAUAUCAUCCUAGAAUACAUGUUUAGUUCAUAACACACUGUUCAUAUGUUAAGUGCCUUCAAUUUGUAUUUUUGAUUUUGAAUCUAAGGUGGUUUUCCUCAUUACUUCUUUAGAGGCAGUAUGGAGCAGAACUAUUCAUUUAAGUCCUUGCCUUUCUUUCAAGGUGAGUUGCAAAAGAAAAGUGAUGGUAAUGGACUUGGUAUUUUAUGUCACAAAAGGGGCUCUUUUUGUGUGUGUGUGUGUGUGUGUGUGUUCAACAUGUCAAUAUUUCAUGUAAUAUGUUUGAAGGCUAGAGUAUUUACAUAGAUUCAACUUUUUCAAGUCUUGAUUGUUCUUAUUGCCUGGCUGUUUUAUUAAAGAGAA